AUGCUUGUAUCAGACAAAGCUGUUCCAAAUCCAGAUGAUCUACCAGUUCCAUUACAUGAGGACAAUAUAUCAAAACAUUCAGAAUACCCAAUGCCUGAGGGAAUUUCAUCACUGAUGAAAAAUUCCAAUGAUUCAUUAGGUCAUAAUAAAAUGGUCCCUGAUAUACAUCCUGAAGAUCCUAAAAAUUCUAUUCCUAAAAAUCAGAUUGAAUUUAGACAAAGACUUUUAAAAGGCCCAUUUCAACCUGUAUUGGACAUUUUUCCGAGAACCAGUUUUAGUGGCGUAAAACGUAGUUUUCAGAAGUCAUGGUACCAACAGUUUACUUGGUUAGAGUAUAGCCCAAAGGAUGAUUUAGCGUUUUGCUUCCCUUGUCGGAUGUUUAGCGGAUCAACGGGACUUAAUAUUGGACAAUCAGAAUUGGUAUAUUCAAAAAUCGGAUUUAAAAAUUGGAAAGCCUCUACCUCCAAAUUUAGUGCACAUGAAAAAUCCAAAAAUCAUUUAAAUAGUUCAACAUCACUGACAAAUUUUUUAAGUUCAAAGCCUAUUGAUGAAGUUAUAGAUGACCAGAGAAAAAAUAUUAACAGUGUGAAGGAAUUAACUCGACAAAAAAAUAGAGAGAUUAUGAGACGAUUAAUUGAUAUCACUGUUUGUUUAGGUAUUGGUGGUAAGCCAUUCCGAGGACAUACAGAAAGUAAAAAUGAUGUUCAUAAAGGUUUAUUCUUAGAUAUAGUAUGUCUCUUGCGUAAAUAUGAUCCAAUUUUUAAUGAACAUUUUUUAUCAGGACCAAAAAAUGCAUUAUAUACAAGCAAUCAUAUACAGAACGAUCUAAUUUCAUCUAUUAACCAGGUUAUCAAAAGGCAAUUAAAAGAUGCAAUACUUAAUGAAAAAGUAUCUUUAAUAGCAGACGAGACGAGUGACAUAGGCCACCACGAGCAAUUGUCUAUUGUGAUACGUUAUUUUAACAAACAUACAAACUGUACUGUAGAACAAUUUAUUUGUUUAAAACGAAUAACAUCAGUAGAUGCACAAAGUAUUUUUAGUUCAUUACAUGAUAUUAUUCAAGAAUAUAGUAUUAAAUGGGAAAAUAUAGUUUCCGUUUGUUUCGAUGGAGCGUCAACUAUGUCAGGGUGUACUAACGGAGUACAAGCAAAAUUCAAAGAGAAAAACUCAAACACAUUUUUUGUUCAUUGCUAUGGGCAUUGCUUGAACCUCGUUCUAGUCGAUUCUGUUGGGAGAAAUAAUCGAACAACGUUUGAUUUUUUUGGAAAUAUCCAGCUCAUUUAUAAUUUUAUUGAAGACAGCUGCGUUAGACAUGCAGUAUUGGAGAAAAUUGCCAAUUCAGUUAACAUAAAAUUAAAAACGUUGAAGUCAGUUUCUACAACACGAUGGGCUUGUCGCUACGAAGCCGUUAGUGCGGUCAAAGUAAAUUACUCAGCUCUACUUAUUGCCAUUAAUGAAAUUUCAGAAUCCACUAGACACGCUGAUAUUCGUGCUAAAGGUUUGGGGAUUAUUUACCAAAUGAAAACUUUCGAGUUUGUUUUUGCGUUGGAAAUGCUGGAGCCUAUAUUAUGUUCAAUAUUAAAACAGUUCAGUUAG